AUGCUUGGAUCAGAGGACCACAUGGAUCCAACUACGCUAGUGGCUGUAUGGGCAUAUGUACUAAGUACUAACGUAAGUAAUGUGUGUAACAUUAAUGGUAACUGCUCUGGAAUUGGGUGUUGUCAGACAUCAAUACCAAAGGGUCUCAAGGGUUUCAAUGUAAAUAUUGGCUCCUUUGAUAACCAUAUGAAUGUAAGGUCGUUCAAUCCUUGCGGUUUUGCAUUUCUUGCUGAGGAAAACCACUUUGGCUUUGGUGGUGCACGUGAUUUGUCUGGUGCUUCAAAGCUUUCUUUAGAUUCACAUGUCCACAUCCUGGUGGAUUGGGUAAUUGGACGAGGCAAGCGGAGUUGCUCACAGGCUACAGAAUGCGAGGCAAAUAGCUUCUGCAUGGACGAUGAAGAUCUUGGUGGAUAUCGCUGCAGCUGCAAUAAAGGUUACCAGGGCAAUCCUUAUCUUCAUAAUGGCUCCCAAGCUUUGGUUGGGGAUAUGUUGACAUUAGCUGGAAUCAUUGGGAUAUUCUUUAGCAUCAAGAAGAGGAAACUUAUGAAGCUACGAGAGAAGUUUUUUGAGCAAAAUGGUGGUGUGUUGCUCAAACAAAAACUGAAUUCACAAGAUGCUGCUUACACCGUGACUGUAUAUAGCACCGACCAGCUUCGUAAAGCAACCGAUAACUAUUCAAAUGAGCGAAUUGCGGGGCGAGGAGGUUUUGGGGUUGUUUAUAAAGGAGUACUAUCGGAUAAACGCGUUAUUGCAAUAAAGAUGUUUCAGUGGGUAAGACCGAAAAGGAACAAUUUAUCAAUGAGGUAUUGGUAA